GGCGGAGGGAAGAAAAGGAAAAGGAAGCGGGACGUUGUUAAAGGGAUCGAAGUGAUAUUUUGGCCUUCAAUCUUGCGUCACCACGGACGAAAGAGCAGAUUUCAGGGACCCCGGGGGCCUUCCCGCCGCACAGCUGGUGUGACGACUGGAAGAAGGGUGGAGAGGAAGGCCCUUGAACCCUCCCCGGGGCCCACAGCGAGCAGCGUAGGGGGACCUGCACCCCUGCAGGAGGAAGGCAGGCGAGGCGCCGGCGGCUGCACACUUGGACAGGCCGAUGCCUGGGACUGCAGGGGGGGCUUGCACAUUUGGGUCCCGGCUGGGACUGGGGCCGCGGGGUCCACUACGAUCCCGGAGCUGCUGAUGCGCCGGGGCAAAGGGAGGGGCUUCGGAGCUGCGGCGCCGGGGCGUCCCGGGGGGCGAGAGGUCGAGCGAGAGCCGGGAGCGCGGUAGCCGGGGGGACCAGGGCUUGCUCAGCUGGCUAGGAGGGGCCCCGCCGCGGGAGCGGCCGGGGACUGCUCCCCAUCCCCCUGCGAUUGGCCGGCCAUCCCCGCCCCGCCGAGAUGCCGGAAGAAAACAUCUUUCUGUUUGUGCCCAAUCUCAUCGGCUAUGCCCGGAUCCUCUUCGCCCUCAUUUCCUUCUACUUCAUGCCCAGCUGUCCAUUCACAGCCUCUUCCUUCUACUUGCUAAGUGGGCUCUUGGAUGCCUUCGACGGACAUGCGGCCAGGGCCCUGAAUCAAGGGACACGGUUUGGGGCGAUGCUGGACAUGCUAACUGAUCGAUGUUCUACCAUGUGUCUGCUGGUAAACCUAGCUCUGCUCUACCCUCGUGCCACCCUGCUCUUCCAGCUCAGCAUGAGUCUAGAUGUUGCCAGCCAUUGGCUGCACCUACACAGCUCAGUGAUCCGGGGCAGUGAGAGCCACAAAACCAUUGACCUAACAGGGAAUCCUAUCCUUCGACUUUAUUAUACUUCCCGGCCAGUGCUAUUCAUCAUGUGUGCUGGGAAUGAAUUUUUCUACUGUCUCCUUUACUUGCUCAAUUUUUCAGAGGGACCCUCAGUGGGUUCAGUGGGUCUGUUUCGAGUGGGACUCUGGGUAUCUACUCCUAUCGCUCUUCUCAAGUCCCUCAUCAGUGUCAUCCACCUGGUCACUGCUGCACGCAACAUGGCCGCCCUAGAUGCUGCUGACCGUGCCAAGAAGGAAUAGCCCUGAUGUCUUUCCUGCUUCCAGCAAUCUUCUAGCCCUAUUCUUCUCCACAGUGUCCUGCACCCUAUCCCCCAUGGUGCUGUUAUGCCCUCCCCCAAUGAGGCCAGCCUUUUAUAUAGCAUAAGGCAUGUCCUCCACUGCUGUUACCCCUUCACCCCCUCACCCCCAAUGCUGUCAGAACCUCUUUGAGGAUGUCACUGUUCUUUGUUCCCACUCCCAUGUGAUGUCACUUCCCUGAGAUGAGGGUAGCACCUAGACAUCAGAUGAGGGCUCUCUUUGUGGGGGCAAUGAUGGAAGUCCCAGCCACAGGAGAUAAGGCCAUAACCUCCAUGACUUGGGGCUGGCCAUAGCCCAAGGGUGGCCGAACUCCUUGGGAGAAGGUGUGGAGCUACAGGGGUAUGUCCUCGCACUGAGCCAGGCCAGGGGGCUGUUGUUUCAGCCCCAGGAGAUGGUGUGACCCAUGCCAGUUAGCAUGGUACUACUGUAUUUGAGGGAGGUGGUGUGGGGGCUGGUUCUCCACCAGGGGCCAAACUCCCCUUCUCUUGGCCUGGAUGUCUGGAAUUGGAGGAGUCUUUGCCCUGGACUUUACCCAGGAGGGAAGGAGGCUGUCUGGAUCCUUCCCUGUUGGAUUGUGUCUCAUGAUGUGUAAUCUGGCCCUGAGGCCUUGAUGAUAAAGAAGGAAACUUCACAAUCAGA